CGGGUUUGGAAGUUACGGGCCGGAGGGCCCUGGUCCGGUUGCAGCUUUCUCCCGGGUGCCUCCCCGCCGCUCCUCCGGGUCCGUGGGUCCUCUGCAGCCCGCCUUCCCCACCCCGGGCCGCCCCUGUUGCUCGCGUUUCUCUACCCCAAGUAUUGCACUUACUGAAGAGCUCCUUGGAAGGUUCUUGAGAAGAUAAAGAAGAUAGUGGGGACGAGCCUCCGGAGCUGCUCCAGCCCUAAAUGGCAGCAGAAUCAAGAAAGUCGUUAGCCCCAUCCCCAUCUGACCAAGCUCCUGAGGAAGACCUUGUCAUCGUCAAGGUAGAGGAAGAUCAUGGCUGGGACCAGGAAUCCAGUCUGCAUGAAAAUAACCCUCCCGGCCAAGAGCUGUUCCGCCUGCGCUUCAGGAAGUUAUGCUACCAGGAGACGUUAGGGCCCCGAGAAGCUCUGAUCCAACUCCGUGCACUUUGCCAUCAGUGGCUAAGGCCGGAUUUGAACACCAAGGAGCAGAUCUUGGAGCUGCUGGUGCUGGAGCAGUUCCUGACCAUCCUGCCUGAGGAGCUGCAGACGCUGGUGAAGGAACAUCAGCUGGAGAAUGGAGAGGAGGUGGUGACCCUGCUGGAGGACUUGGAAAGGCAGAUUGACAUACUAGGGCGGCCGCCAUCUCUACUUCUCAGAGUCCUACCUCUUCCCAGAAGGGAAGUCCUGGAGACCAGGAGAUGACAGCAACACUUCUCACAGCAGGGUUCCAGACUUUAGAGAAGAUCGAAGACAUGGCUGUGUCCCUAAUUCGAGAGGAGUGGCUUCUUGAUCC